UCACAAGAACUGUGACACGGACUUAUUUAAACAUACCCCAGCAACUCUCUCUCUAUCUCAGUGAGGCUGAUCAACUGAAAUAGCUCCUCAUCAUCCUGUGGACUGCUGACUGAGCCCGGGGCCCGAAACACUGUGAGUACAAGUCUGACACAAUGAUCAAUGUUUAUGAAGGAUGUCGCAUCUACCUGACACAGCUGUGUUUGACGUCUGUCACUUUUAUGAUUUCGAUUCUGCACUUUUGUGAGUUGAGGUUUUAAAUAUAACAGCGAUGCAGAACAACACUAAAUCAAUGUGACUGCUGUGACCAACCAAGUUAUUUGUGAUGUGACACAGCAGCUUGACGUGAACAAGAAACAAUAAAAUGAAAGUUACGUUGGUGUGCAGAAAUGAGAAGAUGAAAGUUAUGAUGGUCAAGUUUUAAAAACUUUCAUUGAGCACAUCAAAAUUGUAGCUCACUGACAGCAUCGUAUAGAUCGCGGAAAUUGUAGCUCAUAAAUCCAAAAAAUGCCAUGUUUAUAUUGACAGAAGUGGAGUUUCAUGUCUCAAUUUAUAUAUAAAUAAAUAUAUAUAUAACCCACCUAGACCAGACUAUCAUAUGUGUACUCCGGUAUCCUCCUACACUCCAAACACUCUUGAUUCUAAACUGCCCAUAGGUGUGAGCAUGAGUGUGAAUGGUUGUUUGUCUAUGUGUUAGCCCUACAAUAGACUGGCGACCUGUCCAGGGUACCCCACCUCUCAACAGCUGGGAUAUGCUCCAGCAACCCCUGUGACCUCGGAUAGACAGUAAUAGAAGAUGACAUGAGAUAUAUAUAUGACCAUGAAAUUGUAGCUCAUACAUACAAAAAACCUAUACUAAAAUUUCAUGUUUCAAUUUUCCUGAAUAUCUACAAAACACUUUGACUGUAUGUCAGACAUUACAUUUUACGAUGUGAGCAGGUUAAAAAUAGGCCAAGCCAGUAAAUGUUUUCUUAAACAAUCCCACUCAAGUCACCGCAAACAAUCCAGCAUGGAUUACAAAAUGAGGUUACUCUCCCAGGAAGUGCGUUUAACACAAACUCUUUGCCAGUCUCAUGUGCGUCUUAUCUAGCGCGUGUGUGAACAGCCACAGGAGCUUUAUCAUCUAUUUACAUUGUUCCGGUUGAACUAUGAUGACUGUCGGCAACACUCGUUGUGAAAAACCACUGUAGGUAACUAUCGUUCAGGACCCCAUGGCCUACAUGUCCCUCUAUCCAGAUGAGCUGCUCGUGCACUUUGUGAUUCACGUAAGUGAGUGUGCUUCCUGGCACCGAGGCUUAUCAGGAAUACCGAUUUCAUAUUAAUAUGAUGCAAGCAUUGGCCCACUGACCUGAUGUAAUCUCUCGAUUUAUAGUCAUCUCUACAUUGUUAAACUUCAACAGAGAGUAAAUCCACCUGUACUUUUCCCCGUGGGUUGAAACAUACAGAUUUGUUGCACCACAGUCCAUUGAUAUUGCUGCACUUUUAGUGGGGGUAUAUCUCAUGUCAUUUAUUGUGUCGUUUUCUUGAACAAGCCCAAUAAACUCACCACGAACAAGGCUCUGCAAAGAUAAGUCACAUCUGGGUGACCCUCUAAAGUGUCAUCUCUGUCUCUGAGUCAUCUCAUCAUGUGCAGAAUGUAUCAUCUGUGUAUCUAUGCAAAGUCCAAAGAGUGUUUUAGUACUAGUUUACCUUAUAUUAUAGCACCACUGGGGCUAUACAUGGAUCCAAGUAGCCCUGUGUAAACUCCUUUUAUUUUCUCAUUUUCAUGAAUACGAGCAAGUUCGACCAUUAAUCACCCACUACCACAGGCAACAGUGUGACAUCACAUGCAUUACUCUCGUUGAGUUCUUUUAAAUUCCCAUUUCUUUUCCUCGGCAAAGCAGUGGUGUGUGUUACUAACCUGCAUUAUCAUCUGCACGAGUCGCAGCCGUACAUUUUAAUAGCUGUGGCUCAUUUCAGUGGUAACCAUGGCAACCGCAGAGUCACAAAAUGGACUGUGGCGUCGAAACAUCAAGGCCCAGCAGUCAGACGACUCCUCCAGCUGUGCUGGGAGCCAUGACGACGCGCAGGAAGAAGAUUUCAGGCAGUGGGAAAAAAAUGCACAAAAGAUAAAGGUGAAAGUUAUGAAGCAGGUCCAGGAGCAGCUCAGUGAAAUCCUAGACAGAGCUCUGACUGAGUCCGUCCAGCCUGUCACGCACGCCCAGUUGAGAGUGAAUGGAAAGGCAGCAAAUAAAAACUCCUCCAAAUUUCAGAAAAUGGACGAUGGCAAAGUGUUUAUGGACAGAGCGUCACUGCUGGAUGAACUGUUUGAGAUCAGCCACAUCCGGACCAUCUACCACAUGUUCAUAGCCAUACUCCUCAUCUUCUGUUUGAGCACGCUGGCCGUUGACUACAUCGACCAGGGCAGGCUGGUCUUGGAGUUCGACCUGCUGUUCUUCGCUUUUGGGAAGCUGGGAACGGUCACCUGGGCCUGGGCUGUUAUGUUUGCGUACACCCUGCUUGUCCCCUACUACACCCUGCGGUUUUGGGGUUCUCUGUACCACAGCAUUCGCUCCAAGCUCUGGCUGUCUUUAGGGACGGGGAUAGUCCUCUGUGCCAUACAGACCUGUGUACUGGGACUCUUCCCAAUAUACGUGGUUGUACAUCACCAGCUGCCACCUGCCUCGCGGUUCAUCGUGAUCCUGGAGCAGAUUCGAUUCCAGAUGAAAACCUAUUCCUUCAUGAGGGAGACGGCUCCUGUGAUUGUGAAGAAUGCACCAAAGGAAGGAAAAAGUCCCACAUUCCCAACAUUGUCCAGCUAUCUGUACUUCCUCUUCUGUCCGACACUCAUCUACAGAGAAUCCUACCCUCGAAACAGCCACAUACGAUGGAAGUACGUUGGUGUUACACUUGGCAAGAUUUUGGGAUGCCUGUUUUAUGGCUACUUUAUCUUGGUGCGCCUCUGUGUGCCUGCCUUCAGACCCGACAUCAACCAGCCUUUUAGCAAACGGACAAUGGUUCUGGCUGUGUUCAACUCUAUAUUACCAGGAAUAAUGCUUCUUCUGCUGUGCUUCUUUGCCUUCCUGCACUGCUGGCUCAACCUCUUCGGGGAGCUGCUGCGUUUCGCUGACAGGAUGUUCUAUAAGGACUGGUGGAACUCUACGUCUUUCGCCAACUACUAUCGUACGUGGAACAUAGUGGUUCACGACUGGCUGUAUUACUAUGGAUACAGAGACUUCCUCUGGCUGUCGAAAAGGAAAUUCCGAGCAGCUGCCAUGCUCUCUGUGUUCAUCGUCUCUGCUGUCGUCCACGAGUACGCUUUAUCUAUGGGCUUUGGCUUCUUCUAUCCCGUCAUGUUCUUCCUCUUCGCAUUCUUCGGAGUGGCAUUCAACUUUACAAUGAAUGACAAGCGUCAGAGCCCCGUGUUCAACGUCAUCAUGUGGACGUGUCUCUUCCUGGGUCAGGGCGUCCAGGUGUGUUUGUACUGCCAGGAGUGGUACGCCCAGAUUCACUGCCCGCGGACGGGGAAUAGCUUCUGGGAGCUGGUGAUGCCUCGAUCCUGGUUCUGCAACUACCAGAGAUGAAGGUGAUGGAAGAACUGAUGACGAUGAACAGUGUAGAGAGUCGAGACAGAGCUGACGGAGCUGUCAGUGGUGGCCUGAGCAGAGGGAAGAGCAAAGACAAUCAAUGUCUUUGAGGACUUGUUAAUGAAUAAGGUUUUCUCUUUCUAAUGGCCCACUGCAUUGCCAAACAAAUGGGAUGUUAUCCACAUGUGACUGAACUGCAUCAGGUUUUUAUUUGCACUGAUAGUAUGAAAUACUUCUCUAUUCUCUAGAACAUUGUUUUAAAAUGAAAAAUAGGCUUAAUUUUUUUUUGUUUUUUUUUGUCCAAAUCGAAAAUCAUAGUGUCUCAAAACAAGAUUUUGUUUUAUUACUGAGAUAAUACUGACGACGGAGCCUAUGGCCCAUUGAUGAAAUUAUAUGAAAAUCUGCCGGUCUGAGACCUGAGUGUCUGUGGACACAUUUCUGUGUAACAUCCAUCAAGCGUGAUCUGUUAGCCAUCACCCACAGCUUAUUCUCUGUCAGAGACAAUGGGUGAAGUUCAACAGACCAUCAAGGCCACGUGGGCAGCACCGCUUGGCUCUCUGGGAGUCAGGUUUAAAAACCAGCUACUGUCAUGGGUGCCGUCAAAGAGAACAAAGAGGAGCUCCUAAAGAUUACUACUAUAAAUAGCUUUUUUGUGUUUGUGUUUGUCUGUCAUCAGGAAGAUACAGAUUCUAGUGAGCUUUAGAGGUCAGUCAACUGUGUCGUUCCUCACAAAACAAUAUGAUACUAUGUACUGUAUGUAUAGGAAAGUAAUUUAUAACCACAACCUACCUAAAUGUAAUUUGUUUAAUUUAUGUGGCAACACAUUGCCUUUAUCUUUACUGUAUUUAUAUGAAACAUAAGAAAUCGUAGGAACCUGAAAGGGAUGCAUUUCUCAGCUUAUUAAACUUGUUGUAUCUUUGGAAGUUUUUCUUUUUGUGUCAUUUACAAAAUGGAAACCAAACGGGAGAAAACCUUCAACAUACUUCUCCCACAGCUGAGGGACCUGCGAGUAUGUGUCACACGUUUGUUGACAUUCAGCUGGCAGGGACUGGUUGGUAGAGCAGGUGUGUUAACCAACCAACCACAGACCGCUCAGCGUCUUAUCAGCGUGCCCACAAAGCCUCUGCGUGUCCGCCUCCCGCAUACAGUCAUACAGGAAGGAGAGGAUUAACAUUGGUUCAGUGUUUGCAUUAGUGAUGUAAUGCUCUGUAAACUGAUACACCAUAAUACCAGCGGAGCUCAGAGAGCCAGGGCAGAUAGUCUCAGAGGCACCAUGGAACGCAGAAUGAAAUAGAUUUCCCAUGUCUACUGGCGGUUUGUCAAAUGUUUACCUUAAAUAAUAAAUAAUAAAAUUCAUCCAUUUGCAGUUUUCAUCUCAAGCUUUCAUUUAA